AUGACAGCUAUCGACGACUGGCGCGUUUCCUUUGAAGCCAAAGUCGACGGCUUCACCAUCUCACCACCAGGAGCUGAAUCCCUUCCUGGCUACCAUACGAUAAGAUUGCCCAAAUCAACCAGUCAGCACCGUCAAAGCGCAAUCCUCAGACCCGACGAUUGCAUUCGCCUCAAUGAUGAAUUUGAGUCGACCCUAAAAAUUGAAGACAUCAAAGUGGACUCCUCCAUUCGUCAGAGGAGCAAUGAAGAGAGUUAUGAGGUUCCAGAAACCCAGCAGCGUCAACAUGCCACUACCCGCAGGACCCACAAGCCGUCAACCACGCGGACAACUGUCCAGGUGGAGCACUCUAUGCAAGGAUCCCAUACUUUGCCUUCGGCUACACCGGCACAACCCACACAACAGUCUCUAAUUGUAGCGGAAACUCCAGCCACUCAUCGCAAGUUGCCCAUGGUGUACACGAACGCUGAUGACGCACUGCCAAAGACGGUGGACCCGAAAGAACUCGUGAGUACAAACGUGAGUACUCCGAGUGCUGUUAAGGAUUCUUUCGCGGAAAGGCCAAGGAGCAAGACAGCACAUGAGCAUAUACUGCCUUCUUUGGAACUUGGCUCGUCUCUUUACAGUGACCAGACCGCUGAGCCAGUAAAAGAGGGAGAGGAGGAAUCCGAACCGGAGCAAGAAGCGGAAACAGGCGAGGUUCCAGAGUAUGAGACACUUGAGGCUUCGAUGGUACGGGAAGCUCGAAGAAGCAGAAGCAAAACCAAUGAUGCUCGCGCGAUAUCAGAGGACGCAUCAAUGCGCGAACCUUCGUCAGAUCCCCGGCAAGCCAUGGAUGUUGGUACGGAAAAGGCUGAGCCUUCCUCAAACGCCACCAACCAAAGAAGAUCACGAAGGGCAAAACCCGAGCCGCAAGUUCGGAUUCCUGUCUCACGCAAUACUAAGAAAAGGGCUUCGCCGGCGAAUGUCGAACAAGGGCGACCCACGAAGAAGAACAAGAAGGCCAAGGGUGUGGAUGAAUCUGAUGAUUCGUUCGCUUCCAGCAUCGUGGUUCGCGUCGACCGUGAAACUCCAAACACAGCAUCUGUCCCAUCAAGUCGCCCUCCGACCAUGAAAACGGCAUCGGAACACAACACACCAACUCGCUCACAGAGCCCUCAACGCUCUGUAAGCUCUGUGAUCCACGUUGCAUCACCGUAUCGUGGCAAGGCACCACGAGUCGCAUUCAGCAAUACCAAGGUGGUUGAUCGCGAAGGAUCCUCUGCCUUCUUGAGAAAGUCAGGUGUUCAAAGUGUCGACAAGGUUACUGAAAUCUGCGACAUUGUUUGCAUUGGGUCAACCAACGGGAGCCUUCUGAAGAGCGCGAAGCUGCUGCUUGGCCUUGCUCUGGGCAAGACGAUUGCUUCAGACAAGUGGGUGCUAAGAAGUCGACAAGAGGGCAAGUUGUUGGAUCCAUCCCAGUUUCCUCCGCUCAAUGCUCCCAGUGAAUGGGGUUGGGGAGAUGACGAAGAGAGAGUAAACAAAAUCCUCAAUAUCGACCGGUCUGAACUAUUCAAAGACAAAGUCAUGUUCUUCACCUCUGCCACGAGAAAGGAAUACGGCAAUGGGUUUGGCGACAUAGAGAAAAUCGUCAAAGCUUGCGGUGCGAAGAUCAUAUCCAAGUCAGCACGGGAAUACAAGCACGCUGGAAACAACAUCAUCCUGGCCACUGAUCACGGAGACCUAGAAGUCAUGGCUUUGAUGGGCAGCGACAGAAUUGAAGGUGGCCAUCCGUGCUACAGCAAGGAACUCAUCUCGAUGUCCGUUCUCCGCGGCUCGCUGGACCUUGAAAAUGAAGAAUUCAAGAUUCAACUCAGCAGCAGCCAACCAAGAAAAGGGAAGAAGCCAUCUGCGAGGAAAGCUAAGGGUGCAUAA